UGUCGCCCCAUCACUUUAGCAAACAUAGCCAAGGCCUUGGGGCUCAAAGACCCCAGCACUCUAGCAGACAUAGCCAAGGCCUUGGGGUUCAACAACCCCAAUGACCUUAACCCCCCCCAGAACCCCAGCUAUCUGGCAGACAUAGCUAAGGCCUUAGGGCUCAACAGCCCCAAUGACCCAAUUACUUUGGCAAACAUAGCCAGGGCCUUGGGGCUGAACGACCCCAACAAACCAAUUACUCUGGCAGACAUAGCCAAGGCUUUGGGUCUCAAUGACUCCAGCACUUUGGCAGACAUAGCCAAGCCCUUGGGGGUCAAGAACCCCAACAAACCCAUCACUCUGGCAGACAUAGCCAAGGUUUUGGGAUUCAAAAACCCCAACGACCCUAGAACCUCCAAAAAACCCAACACUCUGGCAGAUGUGGCCAAGGCCUUGGGGCUCAACGACCCCUACACACCCAUCACUCUGGCAGACAUAGCCACGGCGUUGGGACUCAGUGACCCUAGCACUCUGGCAGACGUAGCCAAGGCCUUGGGGGUCAACAGCCCCAACGCCCCUAAAAGACCCAGCAACCCCAACACUCUGGCAGACAUAGCCAAGGCAUUGGGGCUCAACGACCCCAAAAAACCCAUCACUCUGGCAGACAUAGCCAAGGCUUUGGGACUCAAAGACCCCAGCACUACGGCAAGAAUAACCAAGUCCUUGGGCUACAACAACCCCAACACAGGUCUACCAGAUGCCGACAGUAACCCAGACCUCUGCAGUGACCUGCCCAUCAACGGAUUGACCACUCUGGCCAACGGAAUCAUUCUCAUCUUCAAGGGUAAUUUCUUCUGGACGAUAGAUCCCAUCACCAAGGACCAUGGGCCAGCUCGCAACAUCACAGAGGAGCUGGGCAUCCCCUCCCCCAUCGACAGUGCCUUCACCCGCACCAACUGCCAGGGCAAGAGCUACAUCAUCAAGGGUGAUGACUACUGGAGGAUGGACAAUGGCAACAUGGAGCCUGGUUACCCCAAAUCUGUUGCCUCUGGUUUUCAUGGUCUGACUGGCACCAUCACUGCAGCCCUGCCUGUGCCUGCUACCAGGAGGAGGCCUGAGUCUGUCUACUUCUUCAAGAAAGGAGGCACCAUGCAGAAAUACUCGUACCAUGCAGGAAGUAGCACUGUCUGUGGCAAGAAAUCCAAGUCCAGUGCAAAGAAACGCCACGCUCGCCAAACAGAGAUGAGUCUGGGAGCCGAGAUCGACAUCAAGCUGGCUCUGAAAGGCUUUCCCUCCUCAGUGACCUCAGCGGUGUCUGUCCCCAGCCCCAAGAAGGCCGACGGAUACGACUACUUCCUCUUCGCUGGACCUCUGUACUUCAACAUCAAGAUAUCUGGUGAUCUGCCUGCUCUGGCCAAACCAGACAAUGAUGAUCCCCGCCAAAACUCCAUCAAGAAGUGGCUGAAUUGUAUCUAGAGCAUUCCCUAUGGAUGGACCAACAACGCACAGAGCACACCUAUGGCAACCAUUUUCUUUUUUUUCCAUAUUAGGAAAACAAAAGCAACAGAACAAUUAUUCUUCUUGAAUUUUUUAAAGAAAAUGUACGCUUUUAAAGCACAUGGUAUCUGCUGAUACAAAAUUGGGAAGAAAAAAUCUAACCAUUUCUCUCUCUUACGAUCACAAAUUGGUAGGAUUUUUUUAUUAGACUAAGACAUUAUGAUUGAGUGGAGCAGUCCAUGAUGACAUCAUGGAGCAGUCCAUGAUGACAUCAUUAGCGGGGUAGGUUUCCUCUACCGAAAGGGCUUCUUCCUGCUCGAGGGAAGCCCAUACCUUGAAUGGAAGGGAUGAGAAGAGACAGGUUCAAUCUUAGCCAUUAGACAUCAUCCAAAAUUGCCACUUCAUGAAGUGUAUAACUCUCAAUUGUGUUUCUUAAGCUCGGCUCACUAGAGCUUCUUUGAGUGUUGUUUUGAUGUGCCUUGAAAUAGCUACCUCUGAACUCAAACAUCAGCUAAAACAUUUGACAAGAAACCACGUUAAGACCACACCAGGGGGGUUUAAAUAUCUCUUGCAUGACCGCAACCCUGCUCCAACCAUUCUUGUGUCACAUGUAAUCCAACAUGCCAAACAAAAGUAUACAAUGUGUCCUUUGUGCCGCUUACUUUCUCUGGCUUUA